CGACUCCUACCACCUCCUCACCUCCACCGCAUACCCUGCGGUGCCCCGUACACCUUUUCCCUCCUUCCCCCUGUAAAAUCUAGUCACCAUGGUUAACUUCACCGUCGACCAGAUCCGUGGUCUCAUGGACCGCCCGACCAACAUCCGUAACAUGAGUGUCAUUGCUCAUGUCGACCACGGAAAGUCCACCCUUACCGACUCGCUCGUCUCCAAGGCUGGUAUCAUCGCCGGCUCAAAAGCGGGUGACAUGCGUUUCACCGACACAAGAGACGACGAAAAGGAGCGUGGUAUCACGAUUAAGUCGACGGCUAUCUCCAUGUACUUCGAGGUCGACAAGGAGGACAUCGGCGCGAUUAAGCAGAAGACUGACGGUACCGAGUUCCUGAUCAACCUGAUCGAUUCCCCCGGCCACGUUGAUUUCUCCUCGGAGGUCACGGCUGCUCUCCGUGUCACGGACGGUGCUCUCGUCGUCGUCGACUGUGUUGAGGGUGUUUGCGUGCAGACCGAGACGGUGCUCCGUCAGGCGCUUACCGAGCGUAUCAAGCCCGUCGUUGUCAUCAACAAGGUCGACCGUGCACUCCUCGAGCUCCAGGUUUCGAAGGAGGACCUCUUCCAGUCCUUCUCGCGUACCAUCGAGUCCGUGAACGUCGUCAUCUCGACAUACCACGACGCCGCUCUCGGUGACGUCCAGGUCUACCCCGACCAGGGUACCGUCGCUUUCGGCUCCGGUCUUCACGGAUGGGGCUUCACUCUCCGCCAGUUCGCUGCCCGCUACUCGAAGAAGUUCGGUGUGGACAAGGAGAAGAUGAUGUUGAAGCUCUGGGGCGACAACUUCUUUAACCCCGCGACCAAGAAGUGGACCACGAAGAGCACCGACGCUGACGGCAAGCCGCUCGAGCGUGCCUUCAACAUGUUCGUCCUCGACCCCAUCUUCCGUAUCUUCGACGCCGUCAUGAACUUCAAGAAGGACGCGGCCACCUCGAUGUGCGAGAAGCUCGACAUCAAGCUCGCUCAGGAGGAGCGUGACCUCGAGGGCAAGGCCCUUCUCAAGGUCAUCAUGAGGAAGUUCCUCCCCGCUGGUGACUCCCUCCUGGAGAUGAUAGUCAUCAACCUCCCCUCGCCCGCGACCGCCCAGCGCUACCGUGUCGAGACCCUCUACGAGGGUCCCAUGGACGACGAGUCCGCCAUCGGUAUCCGUGACUGCGACCCCAAGGGUCCCCUCGUCUGCUACAUCUCCAAGAUGGUGCCGACCUCCGACAAGGGUCGCUUCUACGCCUUCGGUCGUAUCUUCUCCGGUACCGUCCGUGCCGGCCCCAAGAUCCGCAUCCAGGGCCCCAACUACGUCCCGGGCAAGAAGGACGACCUCUUCGUCAAGUCGGUGCAGCGCACCGUGCUUAUGAUGGGUCGUUACGUCGAGCCCAUUGAGGACUGCCCGGCCGGUAACAUCAUCGGUCUCGUCGGUAUCGACCAGUUCCUGCUCAAGAGCGGAACCCUCACCUCGUCCGAGACCGCGCACAACAUGAAGGUCAUGAAGUUCUCCGUUUCCCCCGUCGUCCAGGUCGCCGUCGAGGUCAAGAACGCCGCGGAUCUGCCCAAGCUCGUCGAGGGUCUCAAGCGUCUCUCGAAGUCCGACCCCUGUGUCCAGGCAUGGAUUGCCGACACCGGUGAGCACAUUGUUGCCGGUGCUGGUGAGCUCCACUUGGAGAUUUGCUUGAAGGAUCUCCAAGAGGACCACGCUGGUGUUCCCCUUAAGAUCUCCGACCCCGUCGUUGGUUACAAGGAGACCGUCAAGGCCGAGUCUUCGAUUGUUGCCCUCUCGAAGUCGCAGAACAAGCACAACCGUCUCUACGCCAAGGCGCAGCCCAUCGACGAGGAGCUCACCCAGGCCAUCGAGAAGGGCAAGGUCAACCCCCGCGACGACUACAAGAUCCGUGCUCGUGUGCUGGCCGACGAGUUCGGCUGGGACGUCACCGACGCGCGUAAGAUCUGGUGCUUCGGCCCCGACACCACCGGCCCCAACUUGCUCGUUGAUGUCACCAAGGGUGUGCAGUACCUCAACGAGAUCAAGGACUCUUGCAUUGCUGCCUUCCAGUGGGCAACGAAGGAGGGUGUCUGCGCUGAGGAGAACAUGCGUGGUGUCCGCAUUAACAUCCUCGAUGUUACGCUCCACACCGACGCUAUUCACCGUGGUGGAGGUCAGCUCAUCCCCACGUGCCGUCGUGUUACCUACGCUGCGUGCUUGCUCGCCGAGCCCGGUCUCCAGGAGCCCAUCUACCUCGUCGAGAUCCAGUGCCCGGAGAACGCGAUCGGUGGUAUCUACUCGGUGCUCAACAAGCGCCGUGGUCAGGUCUUCAGCGAGGAGCAGCGUGUCGGCACGCCCAUGUUCACGGUCAAGGCGUACCUGCCCGUCAUGGAGUCGUUCGGCUUCAACGGCGAGCUGCGCUCGCAUACCGCUGGCCAGGCCUUCCCUCAGUGUGUCAUGGACCACUGGGAGUUGAUGAACGGAACGCCCAUUGAGAAGGGCAGCAAGCUCGAGGAGCUUGUCCGGAGCAUUCGUAUCCGCAAGGGUCUCAAGCCCGACAUCCCUGCGCUCGACACCUACUACGACAAGCUCUAGAGGGGGUGUUCGCCAGCAGAAGUUUAUCGAUGUGCCAAUGUGUCCUACCACUGUGUUAUCAGCGUCCGCCGUCUUCUGUCACUAGCAUCUCUCCGUACCGUGUUGUAUUCUCUCACCCUCGCUCGAGCCGCUCGUUCGAAAUGCAUUUUUACGUCUUUCACGCAAUAUCAUACCGGAUCCCCUGC